AUGAACUUCAGAGUAUACAUUUUUUGCCUGUGCAUAACACUAAUAUGUGGUAAAGAACUGCUGGAAGGGCAAUACAGGAGGCUGCCAAAUGCUGUAGCUGUUGUUGGAAGACCUUUUGAGUAUAAUUUACCCCCCUGGGAUGGCAGCCAACAGCAAUAUAAGGUAUGUUGAAGCAGAUCAACAGUGAAUUGGAUAUCACAUAAUCCAAGAACUUGUAGCAGCAUUGAACAAAGUAUUACAGCAUCAAAUAUACCUGCUCUUUGAGUUUAACUCUUAAACUCCCGAGAUCAGAUUCUUAAUUCUCCCCUCUAGCUGCUACACAUUUCCUUGUCAAUUAGUUACAUGAAUUUGGGGUUAGAUCAAGGUAACAACUUCUACCUGAUAAGCAUAAGUAUUCUUAUCAACUAUUUGCUGAAUAAUGUACAGAUAUUAUAGGGAGAAGUUACAUGUUAAUCACUUCUGGAAGUUAAAGGGUUAAGUAAAAUAUAAGCUCUGAAUGUGAGUUUGUACACACAUUGCUGGACUUAAACAAUUUCACUCUCAAGAUCUCAUUUGUAAUUCUCCUUACAGUCCACAAACAUUUCUGAUAAUGUUUAAGUUCUGAGGAUAUAGUAUUAGAUCAAAUAGUAAUCCCCUAACUUAUAUUUUCCUGUAUUCUCCUGACAUGUCUGCUUAAUAUUAUACUGGUAUUCCAUGGAGAAAUUCUGUCUUAUUUCUUAUUUCUGGGUGUUCAGUUUCAAUAAUCAUCUUUAAAUCACAACAAAUUUGUGUGAAAUAAGUGUAAAUUAUAUGCAAACAUUAUUUUAAGGAGGCUCUUCAUUCUUUAGCAGCACUUAAACUUCAUCUAAACUCUUUUCAGUAAUAUGGCAUGUUGUAAAAUGGCAGCCAAAGGCAAAACAUGGCAAGGCCUAUGUCAAAUUUUUCUUAUUAUAGAUAUUUGUUGCUGUUUUCUUGUAGGCCUUGGAAAAAGGUAAAACAGUUCUACCCAAAUGGCUGUCGUUUGAUGAAGCCAGUAACAAACUUCUUGGUGUACCAUUAUGGCGUGACAAAGGUACAGUUCAAGUGGAAAUCCAGACAAGGCAUGGAGACUGGAAAGCUGAACUCUCAAUCACUGUUCAAGAUUUGCAUACAGUCUUGGAGAACAAGUUCAUCCUAUCAAACGAGACAAAGAUACCAUCCUUUGCUGAACCCAAAUGCACCAAUGGAAUACCUGUAGCAGUUGCUACUGUGCAGUUUGAUCUUCAUAUUGAUAAACUGUAUGGAGAGGACAGAAUAAAUCUCAUGAGAAAAUUGUCUGACUUUGCUGAUGUAGGCACAAUGGAGCUUCACAUGGCAGUUGGCAAAGGACACAGCACAGCAUUUGGGUUGAAAGACAUCAUGACGGUUACAGCAGGGCCAGGAAAUGUGGCAGAUUCCAAGCAGCCAGGUGUGGUGAUCUCUUGGAAAAUUGGCUGUGGAAUUGACCUGUCAGGUAUGUAGUUAGAAGGAUCAUUAACACUAUCAUUCCCAGGAGUGACUAAAAAGGAACUUCUCCUCAUGGUAUCAAAACAAUUUAAAUCAGAAUUGUGUUGACAAGAGAAAGUAAUAUCAGCCAUAUUACAUUCUUUGAGCUAGGAGUUAAUCCUCAGUGCUGAUAUUACAAGAAAUGCCUGGCAGACUGAAAAAUUGACACUUAGUUCUUGAGAGUGUACAAGGAUAUAACCCUUUACAUCCUAACAUCAGUAUGCAUAUUCUCCACACUGUUCUCUACACAUUUCCUAAGAUGCUGACAAGGAGACUUUGUUUAACAAUGGAGAGCUUUUUUCAGUUGGUGAUCAUUUCCUUUAGUCUCGUAACCUUAAUGUUUAAUUUAGGGGUGAUAUAGUAAGAGGAAGUUGGACACUAGUCACUCUUAGGGUUUAAAAGGUUAAGGUAGGUCUCAGGCUUGUGUAGCAUCCAGAACAUACUAGACAUGUUCUAAGCUAAAUAAUUUGAUGUUGUUCACACUGAUGUUUUUGUUUGUUUGUUUGUUUUUUUUUUUCAAGGAAUGCAUGUGGCAUCUCUUUUAAAGUCCAGUUCUGAGCAUGGGUCAUUUAAACAAGCCUUGAAGGCACCUGUCAGUGGGUGGCAUAUUGCCACAGGACAACCUAAAAUUAAGCAGAAAAGGGGGCGCAGACAAGCUCCCAAUCUUAUGCCAACUCCAACGUGGACCAACAUGAUGCCUACUCCAACAAGUAUGACAGCUCCACCAACUAUUUCAGUGACACGCACUACGAUAACUUCAACACCAACAAUCACUGUUGACACAGAAGCGCCUAAACUUCUUAACCCAAUCCCCACAAUAUCUGUUUUCUUAGGGACAGUGACUCGCUACAAAAUCCCUGAGGACACAUUUGUAGAUAGAUGGGAAGGUGUAUUCACAAGAGAUUUGCGACUGGAUAUGAGGCAUUUUAAUGGAUCACUUGAAAGCAAACUGCCACCUUCAUCAUGGAUAUUCUUCGAUUCAAGCACACAAGAAAUUUAUGGCCUGCCCUUUGGUAAUGACUUCACAGGAUCACACCACUUUAUUAUCAGGGCAGCAGAUAAAGCUGGAAAUAUUGCUUCACAGAACAUUACUGUAGAAGUAUCAAAUCGCAACCUCAAGUAUAAUCAUCAGUUUACAAUUGUCCUGAACUAUAACUAUGAGGAAUUCAUGAACAAUGUGAAUAUUCGUCUGCUGUUGAUAAAUAAAUUAGCAAAUUACUAUGGCUAUGACAACUCCAAGCUACAUGUUUCAUCCUAUACAUACAUGCAUGGCUAUCUUUUUUUCACCUUCCAGUUUGAGUUGUUAACCUUGGAUUGUAAUAGUAGAGAAUUAAAGAAUCUCGUGGAUGGCUUUGGAAAAAACAAACUGAAUCCUGAAUUUCAGAAACAUCUUCUUCCAGAGUUUGAUAUCAAGUAUGGCUAUCAUGGAGGCAUUGAGCCUUGUAAACCAACUUUGCAGCCCAACACUAAACCUGUUGUAAACCAAGCACUUGGCCAGCUGAAUGUCUAUUUGGGACAAGGAAUGCGCUACAAGAUCCCAUGGGACACAUUCUAUGAUAAGGAAGACUAUUACACACCCAGUUUAACCCUAGAAUUAAGAACAAAAGACGACAAACCUCUACCAUCAUCGUCAUGGAUAAAUUUUGAUGCUUCUCAACAAGAAAUUUAUGGCCAACCCAUUGAUGUAAGCUCUCUUGGAUCACAAGAGUUUCGUUUGUUUGCCAUCGACAGUGAUGGAUUGCAAGCAUUUACCAACGUAAAGCUGUCAGUUGCAGAUGACACCAACCGUUAUAAUCACGAUUUCGGUAUUGCUCUCAAUGCAGAUCAUCACUCAUAUGAAAACUUGAUUGAAAAUGCUGAAAACAGAGUGUUGCUGGUAGAGGCAAUAGCUAAUUACUACAACCUAAACCUUGGACAUGUACGCAUUUUCAAAUUCCAACGUGGCCCAUCUUUCCAUUUCAGAUUUGAUUCUAUUCCAUAUGAUGACUGUAAGAAUACCCUUUUACAAAGAAUUAUUGGUGGAUUCUGGAAAAGUAAUGAGAUAAACCCAGAAUUUGUAAAUGCGCUCAACGACAACAAUUUCAUUGUUGACACUGGUUACUACUUUGUCAUUGGACCAUGUGAAGCCCUCAGUCCCCCCAAAGGAAAGGGACCAGAUUUUGUUGGAGCUCGUAUCAGGGAAGAAAUGUAUCUAGGGCAAGCACUAUUCUUCCAAAUACCUCAUGAUGCAUUCUUUGAUGAGCAGGACUUUCAUACACCUAACUUAAAGCUGAGCUUAAAAACAGCAGAGAACGAUGAUCUUCCACCAUCUUUUUGGAUUUACCUUGACAUUGAAAAACAAGUCAUUUACUGUUUGCCCAAGAGUAUCAGCACAGUGAAGAGAAAUAGAUUUAAACUAAUUGCAACAGAUAGUCAUAAACAGGAAGGAGACGGCUCCGUGAUAAUAACAGUCAAGAAUGACCCAGGCAGUUACGACUACAAAUUCUCUAUUCGUAUCAAAGACUACUCAGCAAUUAAGGAUGAUGUUGUGAUAAUGUUUCAGUUGUUGCAAAAAAUUGCCAGAUACUAUGGAUGGAACUAUAAAAAUGUGAGGGUCUUCAGGCAAGAAUCUGAGGGUUUUUUCACAUUUGGAUUUGAUACCAUUCCUUCAAACAACUGUGAUGGUGAAAUCUUUCAAAAGGUGAAAGAUGGGUUUUGGGCAGGCACAAAGCUGAAUUCCAACUUUCAGAAGGCCCUUCGUCCUGAGUUCCAUGUAAUUUCAGGAUUUUACACUUGUCUGAAUUCUUGCUCUUGCAACACACCACCAGUAGUAUUGAACCCCAUCAAAAGCCAGUCAGUGUUUGAAGGGCAAGCCUUGAUGUUUUCCAUCCCAGGAGAGACCUUUUAUGAUAAAGAAGAUGGAAACACAUGGGAUCUGACCUUGAGCUUAAAAACAGAGACAGAUGAAGAGCCCUCAGCUUCAUGGAUCCUCCUCAAUAAACAACAAAUAAAAUUGCUGCCAAUUGACAAGAACAAAAUUGGAACGCACAGGUUUGAACUGAUAGCAACAGACAAAGAAGGUUUGGAAGGUCGUGAUGAAAUUGAAGUGAAAGUUCGAGAUGACAGAAGGCUAUAUUACCACAUGUUUAGUAUCAAAAUUGAAGAUGGAUCUGCCGGGUUUGAUGCCAAUGGCAGAGUUAAUUUUGUGCAGUUACUUGCCAACUACUUUGGUGUGAACUUAGCAAAUAUCCGCGUCCGCAGCUAUGGCUUAUGGCCAGCUGUUCACACAACUUUCCAGUUUGUCCAGACUAACCCAAAGUGUGAUAAUCCAGAAUUGCAACGGUGGAGAGCCAAGUUUAUGAAAAAUGGACAAUUAAAUACAGAAUUCAGUGAUGCACUCAGACCUAACUUUCAAGUUGUGUCUGGGUCAUUUGAAUUUAAGGAUAUCUGCGAAGUCCGAGGACCAGAACCCAAUAAUACUACACCAAAAUUAUACAAUCACAUUGACCGCCUCAAUGUAUACCAGGGACAGGGUCUACGAUUUUUCAUUCCAAGUGACACAUUCUUUGACAAGGAAGAUUCCCUCACACCAAAUUUGACGCUAGAAAUGCAGACAAUCAAUGGUGAUGCACUUCUCCAAACAUCUUGGAUCCUCCUCAAUUCUUCCCGCCAAGAAAUCUAUGGUUUACCUUCUGAUGUUGACUCCAUUGGAUUACACGAGUUUUUGAUGAUGGCAGCUGACAAGGAAGGAAGUAAGGUAUAUGAUGCGUUUGAAGUAAGAGUGCUUGAAGACAUUGUACGCUACAACCACAAGUUUAACAUUUUGAUAGACUAUGACAAUAUUACCUUUAUGGAUAAUGUUGGAGUAAGAGUUAUCUUGUUGGAGAAGAUAGCAGAUUACUUUCGUGUAAACUUCACCAGUGUCCGAGUGGCUGGCUACACCCCUGGGGUACUCUUUUCCUUCUAUUUUGAUUUCAUUCCCUAUGAGGACUGCUCAAAUUCUUUACUGACAGAACUUAUAGAUGGAUUCUGGUUUGGCUCAGACCUAACUCCACAGUUUGUAACUGCAUUAGGCCCAGAAUACAGAGUCAUAUCUGGAUCCUUCGAGAGUCUUUCUCCUUGUAGGCCUAUUAUACCAGAAAAUCAAGAAGCGAUUGGUGACCGCCCUGGAGGAAUAUGGUGGACUUAUGCAAUCAUACCUGCCAUUGUACUUGCCAUUGUUCUCCUUCUCAUUGGGUGCUGUGUUUUGCUUUUCAUGGGAUGUUGCAGAAAGCAGAAACUCACAGGGGCAGAGAAGACAACUUUUAUUUACAGGCGAAAGCCAGUUGUUCUUCAGGAAGAGUAUGAGAUCAAGGAACAACUACUGAAGCAGCCAAUUGUCUUGCCAAAUGAAAAACCACCAGUGCCCCCUGCGUUUCCCCACAGCCCUGUCCUAAGUGGUGACAGAACUCCACUCCUGAUGGAGGAAACAAAGUCAGUAGCUUACCAAGCACCAACAUUUCUGUCUAGUAAACAAAUGUCAAGUGGUGGUGCUGGUGGUGCUGGUGGUGGUGGCGGUAGUGGCAAUGCAGGAUUUGUGGCAAAUGGUGCAGGAGGCGGAGGAGGAGGCGGAGGAGGAGGAGGAGGAGGUAGUGCGGUGGCUGGUGGUGGUUUCAGUGCAUUUAGUGGGGCGGCUGGUGGAGGAAGUGGUUUUGGAGGUGCAGGUGGUGGUAGUAGCAGUGCAGCUGCUGGAGGAAGUGGCAGUGCAGCUGGUGGUGGUGGAGCUGCUGUGGGAGGCAGUAGUAUGUCUGGUGGUGGUACAGGAGGAGCUGGUGGUGCAGGUGGAGCAAGUGCUAGUGGUUUUGGAGGGGGUGCAGGAGUUGGGGCUGUUAGUUUUAGUAUGGCUUCUGGUGGUGGUGGAAGUGGUUUCAGGCAAACCUCAUACAGCUACAGUUACAGCAGCAGUGGAGGCAGUGUAUCCAGUGGAAGUCGUAAGGCAGCCUAUGCAGGCUACAGACUACCUCCAGCCUAUGUGCCACCAUGA